AGAACUUAUAAACUAAACGUUUAAUCAUGCCUGGGGCACUCAUUGACCGACCAAAAAUGACAAAGACAAUGUACCAGGCCUUGAAAAGACAUAUAAUGAAGGAAAGAGAAAGGAAAAAACAAGCACAAGAACAAGAUGCAAUAAUGAUGGAAAGAUUGAAGAAAGAAGAAGAGAUUAGGAAGAAGAAAGAACAAGAGGACAGUUUAACUCUGGAACAAACAAAAGAACAGAUUGCCCAACUUGACAAGAAGAUGGAAGAACUCAAAACAGAGAAGCAUGAAUUAUUCUCACAGCUGAAGAAAGUUCUGCAUCAAGAAGAUGAGAGUCGUAAAAAAGCUCAACUGAAAGAACAAAGUGAGUUGCAGAUUAUGCAGCACAGUACAGUACUGGGGCUGCCUCAUGCCAUGUCUGGCCGUCCUAUGUUAUAUAGACCACCCCAGCCAACCAUGGUUCAGCAAGUGAGCAUGAAAAGAGGACGGAGCCCCUCUCCUCCUCCCUCUCAGUCGUACCAGUACAGCAAUAAAAUGAUGGCUGUAGAGAAAACACACCCUUAUCCCCACUCCACACAACCGGAUUACAAACAGCAAUCUAACUUCCCUCAGACCCAGGCCGGACCUGUCUACCCCAAUCAGUCAGCCUCUAGUCAUGCCUAUCAGCAGGCAGGGUACGUCCCUAGUAAGUCUCCGGUCAAGUACAAUCCUGGGGGACAGUCUGCAUUCUCAUCAUACUCAAAUCCAUACGCACAUCAGCAAUCCAAGCAGCUUCAAGAAUCUGGUUACCCAGGUUACCGGAUGCAGCAACCAGGUUAUAUAGCUACUCAACAUGGCUCAAAUAUCCCCCUGCAGAAACAACUUGAACAUGCCAAUCAGCAGUCAGGUUUUAAUGAAGAAAAAUAUAAAUUACAACAACAGGGAUCAGCCAUCAGAGGUGUUGCUCCAAUGCCAGGACAGCAACCUAUUAUGCACCAGUCCCUGCAAAUGCAACAACAGCAACAGCAGUCCAAGGGCAGUAUUGUGACAGGCUAUGCUGCCAGGGGCCAGACCCCUAACUCCACCACCCAGUACCAGCCCCCUAAUAUAAAUCAGCCAAAUUACACCAACCAGUCCAGACCCCAGCAUCACAUGAGUGGUCAACAUCCAGGAAGAUAUUUCUGAGGAAAACACUUUCACAGCAUGGUCAGCUUCAUUGCAGGUUCUUGGAGACUUGUUGUAUAUUGAUGACAGUUAAGCUAUUGCUUGGAUAUAAACACAUGGCAAUUUUUUUUUUUUUUGCUAUUGUAUGAUAGUCCUUUUUUUAUCAGUUAAGAGUGCCUCAGUUAUAGUGAGGCUUUUGUUAUAUUUUGAAGGGAGACAUUUUGAUUGUUUUCAUGGCUGAUCAUUUUCCUAAUGAUAUAAUUGGAGGUUAGUCAAGCUCAUUCAAAAUUUGGACUGUUUGGCAACAAUUGUCUCACUUGCUUUUGCUCACAUUACUUUCUACAUAAAAUGACUUUAAUACCAGAAAUUUAGGAAAUGGAUUUUUUUUGCUGAAAAUUUUAAAGUUUGAGAAAGAUGGUUUAAAUUUAAAGAUUAAGAAAAGGUAGUUUGUUUGCAAAAUGCUCACUGAAAUAUAAGUUAAGUCUAUGCAUUAUUUCAUUAAAGGCUUUGUUUUAUCAGAAGAAACGUGAUACUCCCUAAAAUGUACAGAUUUGCCUAGGAUGUAUUAGUCCUUUAACAGCACAGACAAUCGUGCUACAAAAACUAACAAAUGAAUAAUUAAUCUUUAGCAUUUGCUAAUACCAAUAAGAAAUCCCCUUCCUCUAACUUACCUAUUGAGAUGACAAGUCAAACCUAAAGAAUAGGGCCGAUACUGUUUAAAAUACAAAAUAAUGUACCGGUAAUACAGGUCAAGCAAAUAAUAUGAUAGGUUGAUAUUUAAUGUUCUUUUUUUUAAUUUACUUAUUUUAAUAAUUACAUAUUUCUUUCAAUUAUGAGUUGUUCAAAAGUUGGUGGAAAGAUGUAACUUUAUCCUGUGCUAUCCCUAAAAAUAUUUAUAUUAAAUAUUACUCUCUUGCAUUGUUGAUAGAUAAUGAUUUCAAGGUCACGUCAAAAUAUUUUUUUCCAUUGUGAAAAGUACAUCUGUUGUCAUGCAUUAAUAUUGUAUGUGCUGAUUAUGUUACAGUCCAGUAUAUUGUAUUGUAAUUGUAUUAAAAUAGCAAAACUCUU